AUGGCCGCGGACGCGGAUUCAGAUGCUGUGCGGUCUAGAAUCGAAGCUUUGUGUCCCAUCCUCGAUCAAAUCCAGGACAACACUUGGUCAGCUUCAAUCAGCAUCGGUGUCCUUCAUCACGGAGAAAUAAUCUUCACUCGAAGUCGAGGGUUCAGCAAUGUAGAGUCCCGAGCGCCCGCUGAUUCCGAGACCAACUAUCUUCUGUGCUCACUGACAAAAGCUUUUACCGCUGGGUGUUGCGGUAUCCUUGUUGAUGAAGGAAAGUUGGAGUGGACAAAGCCAAUGCAGAGUUAUAUCCCGUUCCGCAGUGUUGUGGAUCCUGUCAUCGGUGAAAGAGCUACCAUUCAAGAUGCGCUGUCGCAUAAUACUGGGCUAGCGCAUAUGGACCUUACAUGGCUGGGCGUAGAAUGUGACUACAUCCUUGACAAGAAGGACUUACUUGACGUUGUGAGCCAUUUACCUCCAGUUCAUGACCUACGAAGCGGCUUUCAUUACAACAACUACAUGUACGCCGUGGCGGGCUCGGUCAUUGAGAAGCAGUCAUGUCGGCCGUGGUACGAGUUUCUGAGGGAAAGGAUCCCGGAACCUCUUGGAAUGCACCGAACUGUCACAAACAGAACAAAGCUACGAGAUGAGAAUGUCGCAGAGCCUCAUGUUGUGCUUGACGACUACUCGCUACACAGACAAAAGCCAGUUGACACAGCCGCUAAUAAUACUCUUAUGGGACCGGCUGGAGGUGUCUGGUCUAAUGUAUCAGACAUGAUGAAACGGGCCAAAGCUCUCCUCGACGCGAUGCAUAACGAGCCUUCGGUCCUCAAAGAAAUACCGACAAUCGUAUCUCACAAGGCAAACAUUACUACGUCUUCUAUCGGCGAGAAUACAUACGGCCUCGGAUUUGCUCGCGCCAUGAUUCCAUCGACAGAGCUAGGCAUGCUUUCUCUCAACGGCCCACAACGAGAACACGUUAUUGGUCAAGCUUCAAGGCCAAGACUUGUUCUGUAUCAUAACGGCGGUAUGUCGGGAUACCUUACAGCUUUGUAUCUGUUUCCAGAGACGAAGUCGGCAAUAGUGGCGUUGGGUAACUCUCAUGGCCUAGGAGAUGGACCAGAUUGGUCUGCGCUAGCUAUUGCUCAGGCAAUGUUUAAGCUCCAGCCGCCGAUCGACUUCGCUGAAGUUUCAAAAGAGAGGGCGAAGACAGAGUAUGAGAGAUAUGCCCGUAUAGCAGCAGACUUUGAGUAUUUUCGAAAUGAGGAGAGAAGCAAAGAGCAGGUUAAUGUCAAUCAUGAGGACUAUGUGGGCAAGUAUAUCAAUUCAGGGUUGAAGAUGACGCUGGAUAUCAGGCAUGACACAACCCAGAGUCUGAUCAUGAUUGCCAAUAAUGUUCCGUCACAACACCAUCGGCUGAGUCACUUUGCUGGAGACACGUUUGGGUUUCUACCUUCUUCACGGGAAGCAUUUGUUGUUCGGGAAUUCAUUGAUUGGUUCACAUGGGAGCAAUUUAUUCUUAGGUUUCAUCGUCAUGAAGAGUCCGGGAUGGUGAACGGACUUAAUUGGGCUCUGCAAAUUGGCAUUAAGCCAGUGUACUUUAAGAGGGUUCCUCUAGAUGCAUAA